CCUCCCUCCUUCCCUCUCUCUCUACUCAUACAUCGCGUUCCAAUUAUGUCAGGCAUAAGUCGUCGCCGCCCAGCGUCUCUAGCUGCUCAUCUGUAACAGAAAUGAACCAGUUCCUCCUUGUUAUCAAGUCACUAUAAGCUGGCCCAUUGGCGAAGACAGGGCAUUCCUCUGAAUAAUACCUGCAAGAAAGAUUUAGGUCGUUGAUUGAAGAGAGCCAUGGCCUGGCCUUGGUUACUGCCUCUCGGCCUCUUUUUCGCUGCCUCUGUUGCUCAAGCUGCUGUUGUGGAGCACACCUUCAAUGUCGGGAACCUGUCUAUAAGCCAGCUGUGCGAGCAGGCGAUGAUCAUCACGGCGGUGAACGGGCGGCUCCCCGGACCGACCAUCAAGGUCCGGGAGGGCGACACGGUGGUUGUCCACCUCGUCAACGAGUCGCCCCACAACAUGACCAUCCACUGGCACGGCGUGUUCCAGCGCGGCUCGCCGUGGGCGGACGGCCCGUCGAUGGUGACGCAGUGCCCCGUGAUGCCGGGGUGCAACUACACGUACCGCUUCAACGUGACGGGCCAGGAAGGCACGCUGUGGUGGCACGCGCACAUCUCCUUCCUCCGCGCCACCGUCUACGGCGCGCUAGUCAUCCGACCCCGCGGCGGCGCCGCCUCCUACCCCUUCUCCCCGAAGCCCCACCGCGAGGAGGUCCUCCUCCUCGGCGAGUGGUGGAACGCCAACGUCUACGACCUGGAGCGCACGGCGUUCCUCUCCGGCAACAUCACGGGCCCCGCCAACGCCUACACCAUCAACGGCAAGCCGGGCGACCCCUACAGCAACUGCUCCGCCGCCGACCAGACGUACAAGUUUCAUGUGCGGCGGAACGAGAAGUACCUGCUCCGGAUCAUCAACGCCGCGCUCAACACGCCCAUGUUCCUCCGGGUGGCCAACCACAGAUUCACCGUCGUCGCCGCCGACGCCGCCUACACGACGCCGUACGAAACGGACGUGGUGGUGGUAGCGCCGGGGCAGACCGUGGACGCCCUCAUGGCGGCCGCGGGCGCCGCCCCCGGCCGGUACUACAUGGUGGCGACGCCCUACGACAGCGCCGUCGGCGGGACCCCGCCGUUCAACCCGGCCACCGCCAGGGCCGUCGUCGAGUACGCCGGCGCGGCCGGGGACGAGACGCCGCAGCUGCCACCGCCGACGCAGAACAACGACACGGCCACCGCGUUCCGGUUCCUCUCCAACCUCACCGCGCUGGUGCUCCCCGGCAAGCCGACGGUGCCGCUGUCCGUGGACACGCGCAUGUUCGUCACCGUCGGGCUCGGCAACGGCGACUGCCAGCCGAAGCAGACGCUGUGCAACACGACCGACGGGACGCGUCCCCGCAUCUUCUCCUCCAGCAUGAACAACGCGUCCUUCCUCCUCCCCGACGCCGGCUCGCCGUCCAUGCUCCAGGCGCACUACGACGGGAACGCGUCGGGCGUCUACACCCGCGACUUCCCCGACCGGCCGCCGGUGAUCUUCGACUACACCGCGGACGCCAGUGACACCGACGAGCUCAAGUACACGACCAAGUCCACCAAGGUGCGGACGCUGCGGUACAACGAGACUGUGGAGAUGGUGCUGCAGAACACGCGGCUGAUCGCCAAGGAGAGCCACCCCAUGCACCUCCACGGCUUCAACUUCUUCGUCCUCGCGCAGGGCUUCGGCAACUACGACGAGGCCGCGGCGGCGCCGGGGUUCAAGUUCAACCUCGUCAACCCGCAGGAGCGCAACACUGUCGCCGUCCCCACCGGCGGCUGGGCCGUCAUCCGCUUCGUCGCAAACAACCCUGGGAUGUGGUUCAUGCACUGCCACUUCGACGCGCACCUUGAUCUGGGGCUGGGAAUGGUGUUCGAGGUUCAGGACGGGCCCACGGUAGAGACAUCGGUGCCGCCGCCGCCAUUGGACCUACCUCACUGCUAAAGCCCUUGUCAAAUGUGAUUUUUUUUAUUUGAAUUCGGUGAUGGAUUUGUCGACAAGAAAAGUGUACAAGCUUUGUCUAGCUAUGUCGUGAUUUUCAACUAUUGUUUGUCCCAUCCGUUACAAGAUUGUUCUACUGGCAUAGGGAGCACACGCGUUUUUAUAUGUAAAGGGUCGAGUCAUGGAUAUCAUUGUUUCAGUUUGGUGUAUAAAUAAAUUGGAUAUGUCAGUACCUGAAGCAGCCUGGA